AUGGCAGCCGACGAUUCUUCGAAUGCUAUAGAUAUCAACUCCAAUUCGAACCUUCACACUGACGGUGACGAUGCUACCAGUAAUGGUUCCUCAAAGGCAUUGGUUAUCCCUGCUCCCGCCGUUUGUCUUGUCCGGUUCGCCGGAGAUGCAGCUGGUGGCGUCCUCAUGGGCUCUAUAUUCGGAUAUGGUUCAGGAUUGUUCAAGAAGAAAGGCUUUAAAGGAUCAUUUGCGGAUGCAGGGCAAUCUGCAAAGACUUUCGCUGUUUUAUCUGGAGUACACAGUCUGGUUGUUUGCCUGCUGAAGCAAUUGCGUGGGAAAGAUGACGCCAUCAAUGUUGGAGUUGCUGGAUGCUGCACCGGUCUUGCUCUUAGUUUCCCCGGUGCUCCACAGGCUAUGUUACAGAGUUGUCUCACUUUUGGGGCAUUCUCUUUUAUCCUUGAGGGACUUAACAAAAGACAAGCAGCUUUGGCUCACUCAGUCUCCUUGAGGCACCAAACCGGAAACUUUCAGGACCAUCAUCGUCCUUUACCACUCUCUCUUGCUCUUCCCAUCCAUGAAGAAAUCAAAGGAGCCUUCUCUUCUUUCUGCAAGUCAUUAGCUAAACCCAAGAAGAUCUAA